CUAACUUGUAAAGUGUAAAAAACAAGAACAAUCGUCAAAAUUUCAACUUUCUCGUGAUAACUUAAGAUUUUAAGCGUUUUUCCUCCAUAUUUAUCUAUUUACCUAUCAAUAAAUAAUCGAAAUUUAAUUUGUAAUUUAAUUCCAUUCAAUUUAUCAAUAAAACUCGACCAACCUCAAUCAAAAUGUUAACUCACAAAUCAACCAGUAUUAUCGUAAUACUGGUUGCAAUCGUUUUUGUGUCCACUGGAAAAUGCUCCGAAGCAGGUAAUUGGUUUACCAAAUCGCUUGAUUAUUAUGGUUUAGAAAAGUGCAGCUAUCUGGAUAAAUCAAACAUGGUUGGCGAUUUCAAUGCCUGUCUUAAUAGUCCAGUUGAUCCAUCGUCGACUCCAGCAACUGCUCCUUCUUCGGGUAAAACCGGUGGAUGGGGUUCAAGUGGUAGUGCACAGCCAGCCAAACAAAACAAAGGAUUUAAUUUCCAAGGUGGUUCUUUUCCUGGCUCUUCACCAUCAACCAAACAAUCUUCAGGUGAUUCCUGGCCAACUUCAUUAAUCACUGAAUUGCAACAGGUUGUUAAUUGUUUUCCCAAAUUAUUAAAGCCAUGUAUGACCAAAUCGGAACAAGAUUUUUACCUGACCAUAAGAGACUUCUUCCAGGCUCAAAUAGAUUACGCUUCAUCCAAUGCUUCAUCUAUCGCUGAAAAAAUCGCUUCAUCUGGUUGUGUUAAAAGCAAUUCAAUUGAUACAAGUACUGUUUGCUUUUCAACUAAUCUUCAUAAGCAAAAUUGGUUUGGAUGGAAGAUUAAUUGGAUUGAUGGUCAGAUGUGCCGUUUCAUUAAUGAUAUAUCUACAUGUGAGGUAAAAUCAUUUGAUAAGUGUCCACCUGAAGUGAAACAAUUUGCUGAUGGACUUUGGAAAGCUGGUUUAAAAGUAACUCCAUGUUUAAAUCAAACUGCUGUAAAAACAGAAACCACAAAAGCUUCCCCGUCAUCGCCUUCAUCUAAUAAUAGCAACCAAAAUGUACCUUUAUCGGCUUCUUCACAAACUUCAAGCACUGUUAAACUUAGUGCGAGUAGAACGGCCGUUAACCGCAUUGAUUUCGCUAAUGGAAACUCUGAUAAUGGCCAAACUCUAGAUACUAAAGAUCAACCUAUUGAAGAGCCAACCAAGAACCAAGACCAGUUCAAUGCUGAUUCUGAUGUACCUCGCAAAAGAUCAAAUCAAGGGGAUAAAUUCGAUUGGAGAAGAAGUUUAUUCAGAAAUAUUGAUGCAAAUGAUGAUUUCCGAGGUAAUCUAGAGCAAUCCAAGCUGGUAAGGCUCCAUGAGGUAGAUGGCGAAGGAGAGAGUCGUCAUGAUCGAGGUAAUAGACAUAAGGGUGUUACUGAAGAGCAAUGGAGUCGGAUUAAAGAAGAAUAUCGGAGACGGUUGAGAGAAUCUGAAGAAAGUCGUGAAUCAGAUGAAGAUGAAUACGAAAAUGAAAGUGAAGAAAGUGAUGAAGAUAAAAAAUAUGACAUUAUUGGUGACCAGUCAAAACACAUAUUUUUAAAUCCUCAUUUAUGGACACAUCAACAGAGAAAUAAUUUUGACCGAGAAGAUAAUUUUGGAAGGUAUUAUAGAAAUGGACUUCUAAGAUUACGAAGAAACGCAGCGGAUGAUGCAAAAGAUCGAGAAGAAGAUGAAAAAGAAAAGCAAGCAGACGAAGCUGAACGAAUUCAAGAAGAAGCAGAAAAACAACGAGAAAUUGACGAGCAAAGGAGAGAAGAGGAAGAGGAAGAAAAACAGCAAAAGCAGGAGGAAGAAGAAGAAGCGAGACAAGAUGAAGAAGAAAGACUUAAACAAAUCGAAGAGGAAAAACAAGAAGCAGAAGAGGAGAAAAAAGAGAAAAAGAAAGGUGUACGGUUAACUCGAAGUACAAAGCAAUCGAAAAAAGCAAAGGAACAAGAACUGGAAAAGGCUGAAGAAGCUCGAGAAAAGGAACAAGAAAGAAAAGAGAAAGAGCAAGAAGAAGCCGAAGAAGCUCGAGAAAAAGAGCAAGAGAAGAAAGAAAAAGAACAAGAAGAAGCUGAGGCCGCUCGUGAAAAGGAACAAGAAGAGGCUGAAGAAGCUCGAGAGAAGGAACAAGAAAGAAAAGAAAAGGAACAAGAAGAAGCCGAAGCUGCUCGUGAAAAAGAACAAGAAGAGGCUGAAGAAGCUCGUGAAAAAGAGCAAGAGAAGAAAGAAAAGGAACAAGAAGAAGCUGAGGCCGCUCGAGAAAAAGAACAAGAAGAUGCUGAAGAAGCUCGUGAGAAGGAACAAGAAAGAAAAGAGAAAGAGCAAGAAGAAGCCGAAGAAGCCCGAGAAAAAGAGCAAGAGAAAAAAGAAAAAGAACAAGAAGAAGCCGAAGCUGCUCGUGAAAAGGAACAAGAAGAGGCUGAAGAAGCUCGUGAAAAAGAGCAAGAAGCAGAGGAACGAAGGCAAGAACUGGAAGAGGAAAAUCGAGAGGCUGAAGAGGCAAAGAAAGAGAAAAAGAAAGGUAAACGGUUAUCUCGAAGCAUAAAGUCGUCGAAAAAGGCUGAAGAAGCUCGAGAAAAGGAACAAGAGAGAAAAGAAAAAGAACAAGAAGAAGCUGAAGAAGCUGCAGAAGAAGAAGAAGAGCGAAAAGAAAAGGAACGAGAAGAAGAGGAAGAACAACGAGAAAAGAAAGAGGAGGAAGAAGAAGAGCGAAAGGAAAAAGAAAGGGAAGAAGCCGAAGAAGAAGAGGAACGAAGACAAGAAUUAGAAGAGGCGAAACGAGAAAAAGAAGAGGAAGAAGAAGAAGAACGAAAAGAGAAAGAAGAAGAGGAAGAGGAAAAACGAGAGAAGGAAGAAGAAGAAGAAGAAGAGAAAAAAGAAGAGCAAGAAAGACUCAGAGAGAUAGAAGAAGAACGAAAGGAGAAAGAAGCCGAAGAAAAGUCAAGUAAAAAAAGCAAACGAAUCAAACGAGAUGUUCGAGGCAGAAGACAAUGGGGAGAUUAUGAGGAAAGAGAUCGUGAAGAAGAGGAGAGACAACGAGAAAGGUUUUUGGAAAGAGCUGGAAGAGUUCGAGAAGAAGCUAAAAGACGACUUGAAGCAAUUGAAAGACAAAGACAAGAAGAUACAGAAAGAUUGAAACGAAUUCGAGAAGAAGCUGAAAGAAGACGAGAAGAAGCUGAGAAACGAAGAGAAAAUGCCGAAAGAUUUGGUGAAAAAAGAAUGGAACAACUUCGAGAAGAAUCCAAUAGACGACAAGAAGAAGCACAGAGACUACGUGAAGAAGGUUUGCGAAAACGAAACACAUUCAAAAGUCAUCGUCAUGAAGAAGAUGAAGAAAGAAUAGAACAGAUUCGAGAAGAAGCUGAAAGAAGACAAGAAGAAGCCGAGAGACGAAGGGAAGAGGCUGAAAGACGACAAUCUGAAGCAAGAAAAGAUAAUGAUGACCACAACUUGACUGUACGACAACAAAGAUAUGGAAAGGGCAGUUUUAUGAACAAUCCAUUCAACAACAAUCAGCGUAAUAAUGAUGAAACUAAUAAUAAUAGAGAUGAUUCUGAGCUCACUGGUUCUACCCUCAAAGACUGCAUUCAAAGUGCCUCCAAUUCGUGGUCAUAUGUUUCUCAGAAUCACAAGCAUGAUGAUAUCAUGGAAAUAAUGUGUCGCAACAUUGGUUCAGUACAUUCUUGCCUGGACAAACAUGCUUCAUCAAAUGACCCGUCCACAUCUCAUCGUUUGAACCAUCUUAAAGUCACCUACCAGGCUCUGUGUGAUUCAAAUAACAAGCCCAAAGAUUUAAAUCAAGUGGAAAAAUUAAAGCAAUGCAUAAUUGAUCAGCAAUCAAGCAAUUCCCAAACACCAACCCGUCAAACCAGAUAUCCGGAUUUUUUCAAUAGACGUCCGCAUUGGCAGUAAACUCCAUAUUUACUGUAAUACUGGGAAACAAUGAAGAAACCAGAUGAAGAGGAAAUUUUGUUCAAUCUUCCGUCUGCGUUAAUAUUAACCAAGAAACCCGAUGAAGAUGAUAAAUUGAUGUUGAUUUAACCUUUUGCUUCUACCAUCAAAACAAAUGUAUCAAGCAAAAUAAUAAUAAAACAUCAUCCGAAAGCAAUCGAGAUACAAAAUAAUUGUUCAACACAAGAGGUAGAAACAGAAAAAUGUUUCAUUCAAAUCAUCAUGAUCACAACUUUCAUCAGGACGCUAAUUUAUUCAUUUGUUUUCCCUUUUCUCCUUCAAAAGCCUAAAAAACUCUGAUUUUACUCUUGAUCCUUUCAUUACAUUUAUCAUUACCAUCUUUUGUAAAUUGCUGCUCAUUAAUCUGCAAGUUAAUUAUGAUGCUGACUUUUAUCAUCUCAUCCACUUCUUUAUUCAUUCAAUGCAAAUAACAUUCUAUUAAUGUUUCAA